UAGAAGUGGUAAUGCUGGAGGAAGAAGCGGCAAAGAAGAAGAAGGAAGAAGUGACCGUCGCGGAAAAUUCGGUUUGGAACCAAGACUGGCCGGACGACAUUGUGGAGAAAAUAGUGAUGAAGGUUCUGAAAGAGCUGAAAUACUCUACAAGCGAGAACACCCAAGACAACAAGGCUCUUAAAGAGACACGCGGCGAUGCAGGUGGAUUUACGAACCUAGCGUUGUACAAGCCUGCCUACCAGAGCAGUGUGUCUUGGAACGGUAACCCAGGUCGUGCUGUAGACGGUGGUCGCAGUGGGUCUUUUGCAGAUGGCUCCUGCUCUCACACCGACACAGAAGACAACCCCUGGUGGUACGUCGAUCUGGAAAGAACGCAAGAAGUCGACCACAUCACCAUCUUCAACCGACAGGACUGUUGCUGGGACAGGAUCACUCCAUUCGAGGUGUACAUUGGAGACAAAAGCAACGUGACGGAAAACCAAAAGCUUGUUGGAGAUUUCAGCUUUCCUGCGGGACAGGCAGAGAAGACCAUUCAGGUCGGCGGCCUGAAGGGGCGGUACGUCAGCAUCACCUUACCUGGCAGCAACCGGAUUCUCGCUCUGUGCGAAGUGGAGGUUUAUGGAGAAUGGACAUGCCCGGAUGUUGACCCUGUGACUGACCCUUUGAAUGGCGGCCAUCAGUGCCCGGAUCAGGACCACACCCUCGCCCCAUGGAAUCCUGGGCACGACACCAGCGCGCAGGUGGUUGUGGGUAGAGGACAGAACUACCUUCUGAUGUCAUCCGCCACAUUUAUGUCACUGGAAAUCAGAGAUGGAGGGCGAGUGGUGCUUGCCGACUUGGGCUCCACAAGUGACGCUGAGAUUGUCCUGAGGGCCCGUGAUGUAACAGUGGGAGAUGGUGGAGAGUUCCACAUCGGCAGUGAGACCUGCCCGUACCAGGGGAAGGCCACGGUGUCCCUGUACGGUCGCUCGGACGAUAACGUCAACAGCACCAAGCAGUUCCUGGUGACGUCAGGCGGGACUCUGGAGAUCCACGGGCAACACAAGGUGGCGUGGACACAGCUCACACAGACAGUGCCACAAGGAGGACUUCCUAAGGGUGCGUAUUCUUGGGACUCUGCCGUCGACGGAUGGCAGCGUGGCAUCAACGUUCGCGUCAUUGACGAAAUCUCGGCGGCUGUGGUGGAUUCGGCAAACUUCGACACCUGGAGUAGCGAGGACCACAGCCGAAGUUUGGCGACCUUCCUCGACCAGAUUCCGGCCGGACGAAUCGUGGCGCUCGCGGUAAUGGACGAAGCAGUAGGUAACCUGGAGGACUCCGCAAAGGAGAAGCUCAGGGAGCUUGGUAGUGUGGAGGUGGAUUCGUUGAAAUGGAGGGAACCGUGGACACUUGUGGCGAUCAAGGGAGAUCCGGGUGCUGCCGUUGAACAGAGGAUCCCAUACACAGACUCACAGAGCACGGGCACAGCAACAGUGACGGUCUCCUUCAAUGGCUUUUUCGGGGCCUUUGUCGUCAUCGUCUCCAGUGAAUGGUUGGGAGGUUCAGCUCGGUGCACAUUUUCUGUUGGUCGCCAUGACGAUGGGUACGUCAUCAACCUGAAGGACGACGUCAGUUCCUGGCUGCCUGGAGACCACAUCGUGCUGGCCAGUACGGACUACAACAUGGAACAGGCAGAGGAGUUCCAGCUGCUGCCGUGUCAGGAGUGCUCCAACCAUCAGGUCAAAAUCAGCGGUGAGAUCGGCUACAUGCACUUCGGUGAAAUCUCUGAUGAAGUAGACUUGCGGGGAGAGGUCGGUCUAUUGACCAGGAACAUCAAGUUCCAGGGGGAGGUAGAGGACAGCUGCUACGGGGACAACAAAUGUCAGUUCUUCGACUUUGACACAUAUGGAGGGCACUUGAAGGUUCUGAAACAUUUCAAAAACGUCCACUUGUCCGGUAUCGAGUUCACCCGCAUGGGUCAGCAGAUCCUGGGCAGAUAUCCUGUCCACUUCCACAUGACGGGAGAUGUGGACGAGAAAGGAUGCUACAGUCGCCCAACGUACGUCCGAGAGCUGUCCAUUCACCACUGCUUCUCCCGCUGUGUGACCAUCCAUGGCACCAACGGGUUGCUGGUCCAAGACACAGUCGGUUACGAGACCCUCGGCCAUUGCUAUUUCCUUGAGGACGGAGCGGAACAACGUAACGUGCUGGACCACAACCUCGGCCUGUCGACCCGAUACGGCACCCAGCUGCCGACCGACAGGGACCAAAACAUGUGCCGGAACAUACUGGAUGGGGUGUACGGCGAUUACACUCCCAACCCCUAUUCGGACUGUCUGAUGUUAACCACGUUUUGGAUCUCCCAUCCUAACAACAAUCUCAUCAACAACGCCGCUGCCGGCACCCAGGGCGUUGGUAUAUGGUACCUCUUCCAUCAUGAGCCGACAGGCCUGUCAGCGGGAUCACUUCCACCUUUACAGUCAUCGUACUCUCCAAUGGGACGGUUCUACAACAACAGGGCACACUCUAAUGGACAGGGGAUGAUGAUAGAGGCCGGAGUCAAGACUACACCAGCAACGGCUUCCUCACCGUCCGAAUUCCUGUCCAAGGCUGGUGGGAGGUACAAGCCUCAUCAGAACUCGGACCUACUACAGCCCCGUGUACCGGCCAUGCUGGUGGGGUACACCGCCUUCAAGAACCGUGGAUGGGGUGCAUGGAUCCGUGGAGGGGACAUCUGGUUCGACAAGAGCGCGUUUGUUGAUAACGGAGUAGGACUGGUGAUGGCAAGUGAAGGAAUAUUCCCUAACGACGAGGGAUCGAGUCAGCAAAUCUGGAACAGCAUCUUCAUCGGAGAGAGUGAGAACGUGGGCACGAAAACCGGAUCCAGGGCCUGGGGGAUGGGAAGUGUCAAGCCGGUGGAGAGGACCUGGCCCGGCUCUACAGCGAACAACUUACGAGGCCUUAUUGUGUACGAUGGUCCCAUCUUCGUGGACAGCUGUACUUUCAAGAGGUACGCCAUAGUACCCGAGGCCGAUCGGUGGAGCAGCGCCAUUGGGUUCAAAACUAAGAAUGGCUGGCAAAACACGCCAAAGAACAACAUUACAAGAUCCAAGUUUGAAAAUGUUCAAAGUCGCAUGUUCUUAGGCGCGGCAGGCAUAUCAGGCUUUGGUGAGCACAGCAGAGACGGAGACAAGACCAACAUUCUGCACGACUUGGACGGGAGCCUCACCGGCUACCCGGACAGCUACUUAGUCGGGCCGGACAACUACCUGGUCAGGAACCCCGGCUGUGUGGAGAAACCAGACUGGAUCGGUCUCGUCUGUCGUGGAGAUUAUGCAUCGUUGUUCAUCAAUACCAACCAUCAGAGGAACAAGAUGUCGAUGUACCGUGACGAGUAUCCGGAUACACCAGUUACACUGAAAACUCCAGGGCAGACAAAUUACUACAUGCCGGUGGUGAUGCUAGACAAGUCGUACACCGUCCACUGGGACGGGAAGGCUCCGGAGCAAAUAACCGUAUAUCCAAUAAACUUUGACAGUGGCGACUGGGUCCGAGUUGGCUUCUGUUACCCGCCAGGAACCACCUUCCAGGUGACGUACCAACUGCAGACGCGCGUCCCAGAUGCCGUCGUACACGAAGAGGACGUCAGUUCUGUGUCAAGUCUUGCUGAAAUAGACGGCGGUGAUGGCAAACUCUACUACUUCGAAGAAAGCACAGGCCUUUUGUUCCUGAAAGUCCGCGCUAACUACGACCGGGAAGGCCACAACUACUGUUCACACAUGGGCUGUGAGAGGAUCGUCAUCUCGGCCACCAUGACAAGUGACGCGAUCAGCGACUGUACGGCAGCAGCUUAUCCCAAGUACAGCCUGACGCCGACAGAGACACUCUCCAGCCCGAGCUUCAUGAGUAUGGUCAACGACUGUAAAGGCUGUGGUGCUCCAGAACCAAUCGUAUUUGAUGAGGGUAAGACGUUUGUGGAAGUGACGGUUGUAUCAGCUGCGUCUCAGGAGAUGCAACAUGGCCACGGGUCCUUCAUCCAGAUAGACGGUGUCCAGUUUGAUAGCCAUCACCAUGGUCACCUGGUCAUCAGCGUUGAUGCCGUGUCUGGCUCGGUCACACAUGAAAUGACGUUCCCUCCUGGCGCCGAGCUGGCCAUGGCAACCUUCAUACGUCACAUCAUCUCACCAAACUCCAUAGUCCUGGUAGCAGCGGCUGACGCUUCGAGUCUGAACACACAGGACUGUCUGUCAGCUCUGAAACAGAUCGGAGCGCAGGAACUUGACACUGUGAACGUUGGAGGUACGUUCGCCAUGGUGGGCUUCAAGGGCACAUUCUGGCCUACCUGGAUCCAGCAAGUCAACCUGCCGUCCGAUCAGGGUCCGGCACAGAUCUACACCAAGAUCCCGCUCAUGGGCGUAAACUGAGUUACGCACAUAUAGCCAGCGUCCCCUCAUUCAAUAAACGCACAAAA